UAUCUUGUAUAAAUACAUAUUCUAGCAACUACAAUUUACGACCUUAAUUCACCACCAUCACCACACAAUGCUUCUAACAAACAUCAACACAAGUGUUAGCAUGAGGAAGAAAACAAGCAAAGGCCGGAAGAAGAUAGAGAUCAAGAAAAUAGAAGAAACGAAUAGCCGUCAAGUCACCUUCUCCAAACGACGUACCGGUCUUUUCAAAAAAGCGUCCGAACUUUGCAUCUUGACCGGUGCACAAGUCGCCAUUCUUGUUAAUUCUCCGGGUGGUCGGGUUUUUGCAUUCGGUCACCCUAACAUCGACCUUCUUCUUGACCGUUAUCUCAACAAAAACAAUAGUAGUAAUAAUAAUAAUAUAAGCACCAACCCCACCACGACAAUCAUGACCGUUAACAACUCCUCUCCACCAGCUUUGCCGACAAAGGAGUUUAACGAGCAUUAUGUGGAGGUUUCAAGAGAACUGGAGGCGGAGAAGAAGCGGAGGGAGAUGAUACCGGCGUCGAGUAGCAGCAGAUUGCCGUGGUUUGAGGAGGGUACGGAGGGGCUAGCGGUGGAGGAGUUGGAGCAGUAUUUGUGGUCGUUGGUAGAGUUGAAGAAGAAGGUGUUGACUAGAGCGGAUGAGUUGAUGAUGAUUAAUAAGUCUCCGGCGUUGUUAGGUGGCUCGAGUGUGUAUGAAAUGUGGGGGAAUGGUGGUCAGGCGGUGGGUGUGGGUGUGGGUGUUCCGACCAACGGCGGUGUUCACGGUGGUUUUGUGUUUCAGCAUGGUGGAGAGAUGAAGUUUUAGAUGGUUUUUUGGGGUUGGAUCUUUUUUUAAUUGUUUUGGUAGAUUUGGUUGUUUAAGUUUAAUUUGGUAAAUAUUUCGGGUUGAAUUGUCUAUUAUGGUGAACCCUAGAUUCUGAAUUGAUGUUUUGAAUUCUUGUAUUGUUUUUUAUG